CGUGGAUGAGACCAGCUGGGUCUGACUGCCUGAUCUUCCUGCUCCAACGACGUCGCCCUGCAGACAACAAUUUCCACCGUCUUUUUUCUUUUUCUCCUGUGACUCAACCGGCCUGGCGUGCAGACGGUCGUCCUUUUCUCCCCCGUUCGUGCCAGACCACGCAGCUUGUGCCUGUGAAGUCGCCCUCCCCGCCACCGACCGCGCUGUCCUUCCCUUCCCUGCCGCGGCGGUCCACUACGACCUCGUCCGAGCGAUUCACCUCAGCUACGACGAGUCAGACGGGCGACCUUGCACGAUCCAUCCACCUUGAGGACACCUCUGCUGCCUGUCGGAGAUAUCUCAUUCCCCCAGGCACAGCCGUAUUUGAAUCUGGCAGCAGCCCCCUCGCGAGCCGCUCUGACGACAUCUUCUCGACUCCCUCCGAUCUGAACCCCGCCUCGAUCUUCUCCUUUGAGCCGCCGUGACCCCUCUGUCCGCAGACAGAUCAUGGCUACCAAGAUGGCUGCCCCGAGCCAGAUGCCCCCGAUACCGAACCGGGAGGAUAUCGGAGCAACAUGGACCUAUCUUCAAGCCGGCAUCGCGCGUAUCAUGAACGACCUCGAGCAAGGCAUCGAUAUGCAGAUGUACAUGGGUGUCUACACUGCCGUCCACAACUUCUGCACAUCACAAAAGGCGGUUGGCCUAAAUGGACCCGCCAUGCACUCUAACCACCGAGGAGCCCAUCUUCUCGGUGAGGAGCUCUACAACAAGCUAAUCGAUUAUCUCAAGCAACACCUCGAGGGACUUGUGAACCAAUCCAAGGCGCACACCGACGAAGCCCUCCUUUCAUUCUAUAUCAAAGAAUGGGGUCGAUAUACGGUCGCCGCGAAGUACAUCCAUCAUCUUUUCCGCUACCUAAACCGCCACUGGGUUAAGAGGGAGAUUGAUGAGGGCAAGAAGAACAUUUACGACGUCUACACACUGCACCUGGUACAAUGGCGUCGUGUGCUUUUCGAGCAGGUGUCGACCAAGGUCAUGGACGCUGUGUUGAAGUUGGUCGAGAAGCAAAGAAAUGGAGAGACCAUCGAGCACGGCCAGAUCAAGCAGGUCGUUGAUUCAUUCGUGUCCCUGGGUUUGGACGAGGCCGACCCCUCCAAGUCGACCCUGGACGUUUAUCGAUUCCACUUCGAGCGGCCCUUCCUUGCGGCGACCAAAGAAUUCUAUCUUGCUGAAUCUAAGCAGUUUGUGGCAGAAAACAGCGUCGUCGAAUACAUGAAGAAGGCCGAGACCCGUUUGUCAGAGGAGGAGGAGCGUGUCCGGAUGUACCUCCACCAAGACAUUGCGAUCCCUCUCAAGAAGUGCUGCAACCAGGCGCUGAUUGCCGAUCACGCGUCUCUCCUGCGCGAAGAGUUCCAGGUUCUUCUCGACAAUGACCGUGUGGACGAUAUGGCGAGAAUGUAUAAUCUGCUGUCUCGCAUCCCCGAAGGUCUUGAGCCCCUGCGGACGCGAUUCGAGACACACGUCAGAAAGGCCGGUCUCGCUGCGGUCCAGAAGGUGCAGUCAUCCGAGGGCGACAAGCUCGAGCCCAAGGUCUACGUGGACGCUCUUUUGGAGAUCCAUACUCAGUACCAAGGGUUGGUGAAGAAGGCCUUCAACGACGAGCCUGAGUUCACUCGUUCGUUGGAUAACGCAUGCAGAGAGUUUGUCAACAGGAACGAGGUUUGCAAGGCAGGCUCCAACAAGUCACCAGAGCUGUUGGCAAAGUACACCGACGUUUUGCUGCGAAAGAGCAGCACCAGCAUCGAGGAAGCCGAGCUGGAGCGCACACUCACCCAAAUCAUGACUGUCUUUAAGUACAUCGAGGAUAAGGACGUCUUCCAGAAGUUCUACUCCCGUAUGCUUGCGCGACGUUUGGUGCACAGCAACUCCUCGUCAGAUGACGCUGAAACUAGCAUGAUCAGCAAGCUGAAGGAGGCAUGUGGUUUCGAGUACACCAACAAGCUGCAGCGCAUGUUCCAGGAUAUGCAAAUCUCCAAGGAUCUCAACAAGGAGUUCCGGGAUCAUCUCGAAGGCGUAGAGUACACCAAGGCUGUUGAUUCCACCUUUUCCAUCCUAGGUACCGGUUUCUGGCCCCUGACGGCGCCCAGUACCGACUUCAACCCUCCCCCAGAGAUUGCCGCCGAGAUUGAGCGAUUCAUUCGUUUCUACAAGCACAAGCACGACGGCCGCAAACUGACCUGGUUGUGGCAUCUCUGCAAGGGCGAGAUCAAGGCAGGCUACUGCAAGAACAGCAAGACCCCCUACACCUUCCAGGUGUCGAUUUACCAGAUGGCAAUUCUCCUUCUCUUUAACGAGAAGGAUACCUACACCUACGAUGAUAUGCUCAGCGCGACUCAGCUCAGCUCUGAAGUGCUAGACCAGGCCCUAGCCGUCAUCCUCAAGGCCAAGGUGCUAAUCAUGGUGGGGGCCACUGGUGAGAAACCUGGACCUGGCAAGACCUUCCGUCUAAACUACGACUUCAAGAGCAAGAAGAUUCGUGUGAACUUGAAUCUGGGUGGUGUCAAGGAAGCAAAGGCGGAGGAGGCGGAAACCAACAAGACGAUUGAGGAAGAUCGAAAGCUGGUUCUCCAGUCUGCCAUUGUGCGAAUCAUGAAGGCGCGCAAGAAGAUGAAGCACACUCAACUGGUCAGCGAGACUAUCAACCAGAUCCGCUCCCGGUUCGUACCCAAGGUCAGCGAUAUCAAGAAGUGCAUAGAGAUUCUGCUCGACAAGGAGUAUCUGGAGCGUCUGGAAGACGACGAACUCGGAUACCUGGCAUAAACGCCUCUCGUCAAAUUUCGUCGUUCAGAAAUCACACACUGCCACGGCAUAGACUAUGGAAGAGUGGUUUUGUUUCCUUAUCGUGGGCUGGGACCGGCGGCGGCGGCGAGCACGGAUGGGUACACUAGAUGGUUAGCAUGCAGCUGUGCUCCUUGGGAUUCUCCCCUUUGCCCCAACCAUGGUUCCCGUUUGGCUCUUUCCCUCCGUCCACCCUCUCAUUCUUGUUUUUCUUGUCUUUAUGAUGACUUGCGUGGGGGAUAAUCGGAUUGGAAGGGCUCGGCUGGGUUGAGGAGUGGGUGCGGCACGCUGCAAAAGCUUGGGAGAACAGGUGCGAGGAGUACUACACAUACACAUCAACACAUACAGGAACAGGCAUGUUUCAAGUGGGCUCUUUACGUAAAUCAGGAGAGAAGAGUGUGAUUUAAAAGACACGGCGGAGCCCAUGUGCUCUGGGUCUGGUU